CCUGCGAGUCACGCCAUUGGUGCGUGAGUGAUGGGGGAAGUGCUCCUCUGAAGUUAGCCACCUUCGCUCUCUGCGAGUAUUGAGCCGAAGUCCAGAAAGGGGAGGAAGAGUUAGAUUUAAGUAUUUGUAAGUAGUAGUUGGUGGGUAAAAGUUGAGUUUAUUUCGGUGUUUUAAAGAGUCGUCCCGCUGCGUCAUGGAGUUUGGUGAGGAGUCGUCUCCAGCUCGGGCUUUCGAGAAGGACGCGUUCGAGCUCACUGUCGAGGAUGUGUAUGACAUCUCGUACGUAAUCGGAAGAGAUUUGUUAAAAAUCAGCAACAGUGGCGAAGAAGUGUCGGAUCUGCAGUUUAGGAUAGUCCGUGUGUUGGAAAUGUUUGAGACUCUGGUCAACAAGUACAACUUAUCUCUGGAGGAGCUGAAAAUGGAGCGGGACAACCUCAAGAGUGAGCUGGAUAGGAUCAUCAAGGAGGGCUCCUCCAGGCCGGGCACGCAAACAGCGGGACCGAACCAGCUGGUGGUGGACUUGACAGACCCCAACAGACCCCGCUUCACUAUGCAGGAGCUGAAGGAGGUGCUGCAAGAGAGGAACCAGCUGAAGGCUCAGCUCAUGGUGGCUCAGGAGGAGCUUCAGUUGUACAAGAGUGGGAUUCUGCCGCAAGCUGAACCAGCCAUGGUGGAGGUGGAUCUGGAGACACCGGCAGCUACAGAGCACAGACCAGCCACGAUAAAUGACACAAAAGAAGAGAAGACGACCAUAGGCAAGCUGUUUUCAUUCAGGCGAAAAUGAGAAAAAGCUGUCACGAGAACUGACCAUGUAGGAGACAAACAGGAUUUGUCGGCACAAUUUUACCACUUUUGUACUUUCACAAAUUUUUUUUUUUUUUUUUUAAGAAGGAUUUGUCACUUUUAAGCACUGUUUUUGUACUAAUAUUUUUAACCUGAGAUGUUUUUAGAGUAGAUAUCUUCAUUCUGUAAAAAUACAAUAAGGAAAGGAAACUGGAAAGUAUUAUUUAAAAAGUGUUGGUGAUGUUGAAUACAUUAAAAAAAUGAAAUUAUUUAUAAACGUGAAUAAUGGUUUUUAUGUUGGCCACAUAACCCAAAGCACAUUUCCAGCACUCACCUCUCUGUUGUUAAAGUAA